AUGACGCGAAAAAGACUGCAACAGAGAAGAAUAGUACAGAUAUAUGCAAAGUGUUGUCAAGGGAAUCACAGUGAAGACAGAUCGAGAAAAUGUCACAAAUUUAAUCAUUUUAGUUUUUUUUUCCGCCUGAAAAUCCUUUCGCGAUAUGUUUUGGCUAGGAGGCACCUCCUUCUCACAUCGCAGCCUCUAGAAAAUUCCUUCCGUCGUUUUCUUUUCUUUUCUUUUUUAAUACCGGGCCCUUGGCAGGCCUGGAAGCGUGUCUGUACCUCUCUCUCUCUCUCUCUCUCUCUCUCUCUCUCUCUCUCUCUCUCUCUCCUCCCGAUUCUAAUUAGGGCGUCUCGUCCUGGAAAUGACUACUUGAGAUUUUCAAUACCUUUCAUUGUCGACUAUCUAUCUGUUCAUGUCUAUCGUUUUUAUUUCAAACUGUUGAUCUAUCUAUCUAUCUAUCUAUCUAUCUAUCUAUCUAUCUAUCUAUCUAUCUAUCUGUUUUUUCAUUGUCUAUUCGUCAAUAUAUCUAACCGCCUGUUUCAUUUUGUUCAUAUAUAUAUAUAUAUAUAUAUAUCUAUCUAUCUAUCUAUCUAUCUAUCUAUCUAUCUCUCUUAUCUCUCUUAUCUCUCCUAUCUCUUGACUCGUUUAUUUCUCAUAUCUCUUAUCUCUCCUAUCUCUAAAAUCUGUUAUCUCUUAUCUUUCUUAUCUCUUAACUCUUUUAUCUUCCUUAUCGCUUAUCGCGCUAUUCUCUCUUAUAACGUAUAUCUCUCUGUUAUAUCUUAUAUCUCUUAUCUCUCUUAUUUCCCUUAUCUCUCUUAUUUCUCAUCCUUUUAUAGCUUAUCUUUUGUCUCUAAUAUUUCUUAUCUCUCAUAUCUCUUAACUCUCUUAUCUCUCCUUGUCACAAACCCGACUCUAUCGCUCUUCUCAUUUCACUCUCUCUGUAUCUCCUCCUCCUCUUUUGGUCUGGCUUUUCUCGCUUUAUUUCAUUUUAAUUUUUUUCUCUCUCUUUCGCUCCUGCUCAUUAUCUUUAAAAAUGUUUCUCGUCUGGUUUUCUUUGCCUUUCAUCUCUCCUUUUUUCGUCAAUACAUAUUUUCAUUUCUUUUUAAUUCGCUUUCCCUGAUCUUGAACUCUUCUUUCUUUUCUUUUGUUUAUGGCACUCUCACUUUCCGUCCACCAGUCUCUUCUUUCUGCUAUGUUAUUUUCUUCUCUCUCUCUCUCUCUCUCUCUCUCUCUCUCUCUCUCUCUCUAUUUAAUUCUUUUUCUUUCCCUCUAUUUCUUUUCUUCUCUUUUCACCAUUGCCUCCUUUCUUUUGCUUUCACGAGAUUUCAUAUCUACUUGCUUUCUUUGUCUCAGUCCUUGUAA